GUUCUUUAUGUUGGUGAGUUGGAUACGCCUCACUUUUUAUAUAUUGUUGCUGUGUAGUUGAAUGAAACCUAUGUUAGAAGUUACCUGGCAAUUUAGCUUCACAUAAUUUACAUUUAACGGUAGUGGACCAGUCUGUAAGAUGUCUAGCUAGCUGGUUAGCUAGAUAAAGUUAGUUGCAGGCAGCAAAUGUGUUUAACGUUACUAGGAAAGUAACGUUAGCUAGCUACAGUAACUUGCUAACGUUUAGCAACUUCUUGGUUGUUGUAGCUAAAGCCACAUUCAUUAUGGUUUAAUAUGAAAUCAAAGACAUCUAAGAAACCGUUUAAUUUAUCUGAUCAUUUACAACUUUGAUUGACUCAGCUCAUAGCAGGCUAGCUAACGUGACUGUAUGUGUUGACAGGUGGUCUCACAGAGGAGGUGGACGAAAAAGUACUGCAUGCGGCGUUCAUUCCGUUCGGGGAUGUCACAGAUAUUCAGAUUCCAAUAGACUAUGAAACGGGUGAGAAGAAAUACCUUUACCAUUCAGAGUUUUGCAUAAACGUAAAACGUAAUCAGUGAAGAGAAACUCAUCCAUCCUUCCUGGCUACUUAGCCAGAGUUAACUGCUACUGGAGAUGAAACCAUGAACGUUUAACGUUAGAGCAGAAGUUCAUGUCUCAUUAUAUUGUUUGCUUUGCAGAGAAGCACAGAGGAUUCGCCUUUAUUGAAUUUGAAUUGGCUGAGGUAAGUUUAAUCAACCUCUAUGCAAGUAUGCCAUAUUAUGUUGGAUAUGGCCAGUUAACAAAUGUGUGUGUAUUCCAUCGGCUCAGGGUUCAGCAUGGAUCGCCAUCUAGUGGUUGUGGUGGAUGGUCAUUGGCCAUCAGGAUGAUUGUGUUGUAAUGUUUUGUGAUUCUUUCAUCUUCCACAGGAUGCUGCUGCUGCUAUUGAUAACAUGGUGAGUGAAACACUGUCUGCUUCUAAAGUCAGUUUGGUUUAACUAAUAGACCUUUGCAUUAUCCCCUGUUUUGGUAGUAUGUACUCUGAGACAGUGACUCACAUUUUUCAAAGCUGUGGUAUUGAACCAUUCUCAUUGAUGCACGUUUUUCCUCUGUUUUAUUGACAGAAUGAGUCAGAGUUGUUUGGAAGAACCAUCCGGGUCAACAUCGCCAAACCUAUGAGGAUCAAAAAGGGCUCUUCUCGUCCAGGUGAGUGAUAUGUAUUAGUCUCUCUAUAAAGACUUCAACUGUCCCAUGGCUUUCACCUAUAAUCAAACUCCAUAGAUGUGAUAAAACCACUAACUUUAUGCCAUUUCCUCAGUUUGGUCGGAUGAUGAUUGGCUGAAAAAGUUCUCGGGAACGACCGCCGAAGAGGCUGAGGUGACGGAGUCCACUGGAGAAUCAGCCAAAUCAACAACAGCAGAUGUAAGUUGUGUGUGUGUUCCUGUCGGUCUCUGUGAAUGUAGUACAUUGAGUAAUAACAUCUUAUAUUGUAAAAGCCUGUCACAAUAAUAUAUUAUCAUUGAUUGCAGAGCGAGCCCCCAGCCAAGAAGGGCAGAACGAACCCCCAGGUUUACAUGGACAUCAAGAUUGGCAACAAGCCAGCAGGGAGACUGCGCUUCCUGCUCCGAGCAGACAUUGUUCCUAUGACCGCAGGUAUCCAUGCUGUUCCUUGUUAUAAAGUACCAGGGACAUUUCUGAAAGUAGAACACUGUCAUUAGAGGGAUAUUUAGACAGUAUCAAAAGAGAUCUUAUGUAAAGCUGGAAAGAUCCAGCCAAUUAAGUUUCUCUAGUCCUAUUAAAUAGAAGCAUCAUUCCCUCAAAUCUCCUGUAGAGAACUUCCGCUGCUUGUGCACACAUGAGAAGGGCUUUGGCUUCAAAGGCAGCAGUUUCCACCGCGUCAUCCCACAGUUCAUGUGUCAGGGAGGAGACUUCACCAACCACAAUGGCACCGGGGGCAAGUCCAUCUACGGGCGAAAGUUUGACGAUGAGAACUUUGUCCUCAAACAUACUGCUGCAGGUGAGACACGUCCCUGUCCAGGUGUAAAUAUCUGUAUGUCUGUGAAUGAAUGUGUAGAGUGGUGAGGAAGUGCAUGAUGCAUUGCCAUAUGCAGAUUUGAAUGAGUAUGGUUUCUGAUCACAUGAGGAUGACUUCCUAAUGCGCCCCUCUCUUGUGUGUAAUAGGUCAGCUCUCCAUGGCUAACUCUGGAGCAAACAGCAACGGCUCUCAGUUCUUCAUCACCUGCGACAAAACGGAUUGGCUGGAUAAUAAACAUGUGGUGUUUGGAGAGUUGAUGGAGGGCAUGGAGGUGGUAAAAGCCAUGGAGGUAAGAGGAGGGGAGGGACAUGCAUGGGGAAGAUCUCAAUUGCAUACUCUUUGCGUCCUCUCCUCGUCUCCUUCUUAAACCCAUUGGAUGAGAAAGCCAGAGGUCCCUACCCUCUGACUCUCCUCCAAUGGGUUUUGAGAAGGAGACAAUGAGAGGGGACGUGAGGAGUAGGCAAUUGAGAUUUUCCCAUGGAGGGGAAGAAGGGUCCUAUAGGUGGUUACAGACUGAAGUUGUAUACCAAGACUCAUGUCAUGUUUUCUGUCCCCACAGGCACAAGGAACAAAAGAAGGCAAGCCCAAGCAGAAAGUGAUCAUUUCAGACUGUGGAGAGUAUGUUUAACUUGAAGGACAGAAGAGUGACUGUUGUAUAUGUGUGUAGCUGUGUGUGUGUGUGACCUGUAUGUGUGAAAAAGAUGUGCAGUGUCAGACUGCAGAAUGGUAAACUGUGCUCAGGUUGUAUCAUGUACUGCACAUGUCCAUGACUCAUCUGGUGUACAUGGAUUCUCCCUGUUGGUCCCACCUUCUCUGUGAUGUAAAUAUUACAAUAAACACUUUUUAUAAUGAACAUGAACAUCUGCUGUAUCAAUUUCACAUUUUCUGAAUUUAAAAGAAACCGUUUUCUAUGUUGUUGAUACAGUAUAGGACUGUAUAGUGAAUACAAAUACUUAAAUUUCCUCUAUAAAAUUGUCUUUUAGGAUUUGUCAUUCACAAUGUACCCCAAAAAUUCUAAGAGGUUGU